AGGGGAAAGGGAGUACAGUCGUACAUAGUUCGGAUCCAGAUUUGCACAACGACGUCAUUUUGUCCCCAAAAAGAGGUUACCGGAUCAUCCCCGCUUCCUGCGUCGGUCUUCUUCCUUUCCCCCCUUCCUUCAUCACUCUCGUCCUCCCCAACUGCCCCUACUCAUCUCUAUCUCUACCUUCCAAUCAAUUAGGGUUUAAUAGCUACGAAAUGUCCUCUGCAAAACCCUAGCCUAUUAUCCCUUUUCAAAUUUCUGCUACUACUCUUAUCAACGCACAUGGCCGGUGCUAAUAGCAACGCCGGCGAGGCAGCAGCCGGCGGUGGGGCCCAGCCGGCUCAGGCUGCUGCGGCGGCGGCGGGGGGAGGUUUGGAAUCGGCUCCGGCGCCGACGCCGUUACUGAACUCGAACGCGCCGCCGCCGUUCCUGAGCAAGACGUACGACAUGGUGGACGACCCGGCGACGGACCCGAUUGUGUCGUGGAGCGCCACCAACAACAGCUUCGUGGUUUGGAACCCGCCGGAGUUCGCCAGGGACCUUCUGCCCAAGUACUUCAAGCACAAUAACUUCUCCAGUUUCGUCAGGCAGUUGAACACUUAUGGAUUUAGGAAAGUUGAUCCUGACCGCUGGGAAUUUGCAAAUGAGGGCUUUUUGAGGGGUCAAAAACAUCUUCUAAAGAGUAUCAACCGGCGAAAACCUGCCCAUGGACAUGGUCAUCAACAGCCACAGCAGCCAUCACAUGGACAGAGUUCAGUAGCUGCAUGUGUAGAGGUUGGGAAGUUUGGUCUCGAGGAAGAGGUUGAGAGGCUUAAAAGGGACAAGAAUGUGCUUAUGCAGGAACUUAUCAGGUUGAGGCAGCAGCAACAGUCUACUGAUAAUCAGCUGCAAACAAUGGUCCAACGUCUUCAAGGUAUGGAGCAGCGGCAGCAACAGAUGAUGUCAUUCCUUGCAAAGGCUGUUCAGAGCCCUGGUUUCUUGAAUCAGUUUGUACAGCAGCAAAAUGAUAGCAAUAGGCGCAUAACUGAAGCCAAUAAGAAAAGGAGACUCAGGGAGGAAGGAAUUGCUGAAAACGAGCGUUCUGAUACUCCUGAUGGACAGAUUGUUAAGUAUCAGCCUCCGAUGAAUGAAGCGGCAAAGGCAAUGCUCAGGCAGAUGAUGAAAACAAAUACUUCUUCCCAGCUGGAUUCUUUUAGCAACAAUCUUGAGAAUUUUUUGAUUGGUGAGGGUUCAUCAUCAUCCAGUGCAGUAGACAGUGGUAGCUCUUCAAGCCAUGUCUCGGGAGCUACACUUCAAGAGGUCCCGCUUACUUCAGGGCGUGGACCGUUACCUGCAAUUUCAGAAAUAGAAUCUUCUCUUAAGGCUACAACCUCUGGAGAAGUUAUGAGAGAUCCAUUGUCAGAUAUUAAUGUCCUCAUUGGAGCGCAAGAGGCACCAGCACUUCCUAUUUCUCAGGCAGAUGUAAUCCCUGAGGUUUCUCAGGUACAAGGUAUGGCACAUGGAGGUUUAAUUGAUAUUCCUGAAGGAAACACAAAACCUGAGGCAGAUGUUGGAUUUAUUCAAGAUAUGGCACCUGAAGCCGGUGAUGGAUUUAUCGACUCCACGGCAUUUGAUUUUAUGUCCCUAGAUGUUGAUAGUUUUCCCCCUGAUGCUGACAUUGAAGCAUUGCUUGACAAUUCCAACUUGUGGGAUUUUCUUGAACAAAGUCCUGUGCCAGAUGAAAUGGAUUCGACCUCUGCAGAAGGCAUGCCUGUGGGAAAUGAAGUGCAGCCGACAGAGAAUGGGUGGGAUAAAACCCAGCAUAUGGAUAAGCUUACUGAGCAAAUGGGAAAUCUUAAAUCAAAUACUAAAGGGGUUUGAUCAUGUUUACUAAUGUACAUUAGCUACAAACAUCGGUCGAGGUAAACCCCCCCAAACACAUACUAAGUAGAUCAUAUCAAUCACCUGGUCCCGCUUAUAUGGCCAUUGGAAAAGCAGCUAUGACUUCUGUAUCAGUUCAUCCUGGCAUUAUUUUGCACAUAUGGGACACAAGUUCUUGUUGUCAUUACCCCUUUAGUCUCUUUAGUCAUUGUGGUAGUCAGUGUUGAAUGAACGCAGCGGACAUAGUUGUCUUAGAGGCAAAAACUUUUGAUCUUUGAUCUUAGUUGUACAGGUUGAUGUCCUGCUCUAGGUAUAGUGGGACACAGCCUUUGUUUCAAAGGAAUUGCUCGUAAGGGAGGCUGGUUUCUUAUUAAGUUCAUGAUUGUUCCUUCACAGACUUUGGUUGCACUAACAUCCAUGUUAUCACAUCCUUUGCACUUGAAAUGAUAAUACUGUUUUGUGCAUCUGGAAAUUAA